UACCUUCAUUGUUAUUGAAUAAUACUUUAACAAAUAUUUACUCUAAAUGUAGGCAGGCUUCAGCCAGGACAGAAGGUUCCAGACCGAUUAAGCACCCAGGCAACGUUAAUAACUCAUCUCUGAAACUCGCCUGUUAAACGCUUAUUAUACACAAUAUGUUAGUUAUUAUGGUUAACAUGUUUCAGUCUUUUACAGAUUAACUUUAAAUGGAGACCAGUUGAAGUUAAACAGCUGCAGAUAUAAAAUAUAAGAUGAGUUUCGAGGCAAAGCGAUGUGGAGUUCAGUUCAGUCCUCCAUCUAUAGUCUUAAUUUAUCAACACAAGGAGACUCAACAUGUGAGGAAAAGAAUAAUACCUGUGAGGAACUUCUCAAAAUAUUCUGACUACAGCAUGGCUGCAGAGAGGCUGAAGAGCCACCCUCGGCACAGGGACUACCUGGAGGACGUGUCCCAGAGCCAGCUGGAGAAGCUUCACAUCAUCCUGCGAGAUCACAUGCAAGGCCUCAGCCUGGAGGACAGCCUGUCCUCGUUCCGCUUGGACCCCGACGAGGACCUGAACAAAUUGGACGAUGAGGAGCUGGCUCGCAAGAAGGGCCAAAUGGACGAACUGUUCGAGAAGAACAGGACACGCAAAGAUGAUCCUGACUUUGUUUACGACGUGGAAAUGGAUUUCACUAAGACCACGCAAGAAAAGUGCAGCUGGGACGAAGAGUCUGAUGAUGGAUUUUAAAACUCUUCUGUUCUCAGUCCCUUCUCUGACCUUUCAGACUGCAAAUCACCCGACGUACUGAUGUUCUAUGAAAUUACAGCAGCAAUUAGUUAUCGAUUAGUUGUCAAAUAUUAAAUUAAUAGCCAACUAUUUUUAUAAAAUGUAUUCAAACUGGUU